AUUUGUUAAAUGAAAGCAAUCUAUUGGCAUAGUUUUUAUUGAGCAGCGCCAGUGGUCUGUCAGACGUUCUCAUAACGAGUUCAAAGUAUUUAGUUCAUUUCUGAUAACUUUAAAAAUUCCAUUUUGUUCAUCUGCAAGAGGUAACCGCAAAAUUUAAGCCGCAUUUUAGAAAGCCAGCAGACAAAAAAAAUGUUCAUAGAAACUUGUAUAGCUCCGGUCAAUAUAGCGUUAAUUAAAUAUUGGGGCAAACGGGAUGAAGAAUUAAUUUUACCCAUCAAUGAUUCCAUAAGUAUGACUUUAAGCACCGAUGAGAUGUGUGCUAAGACAACAGCAGCAGCUUGUAGCACAUUUAAAGAACAUCGUAUGUGGUUAAAUGGUGAGGAGAUUCCUUUUGAGGAAAAUUCUCGCAUUAUGAGAUGUUUAAAAGCGUUACAAUGCUUAGCUUUGGCUAAAGGCGCUCCUACGAAAUUUCCACUUGAGUGGAAAUUACAUUUGACAUCGCGCAAUAAUUUCCCAACAGCUGCUGGGUUAGCUUCCAGCGCGGCUGGCUAUGCCUGCCUCGUAUACACUUUGGCUUGCUUGUACGGCGUUGCAGAUGAAGAAUUAACGGCUAUAGCGCGCUUAGGUAGUGGAUCAGCUUGCCGCAGUUUGCAUGGCGGUUUUGUACGCUGGCAUAUGGGUCAUUUGGCAGAUGGUUCCGAUUCUUUAGCUUUACCGAUAGCGUCCGCAUCUCAUUGGCCUAAUAUGAACGUUCUCAUUUUGGUAGUAAGUGACAGCCGUAAAAAAACGAGUUCUACCAAAGGUAUGCAGCGUACAGUUGAAACGUCGGAUCUUAUCCAUUACAGAGCGAAACAUUGUGUACCAUCACGGAUCAAAACUAUCAGUGAGGCGAUACGCCAAAGAGAUUUUGAAGCGUUUGCCAAAAUCACAAUGCAAGAUUCCAAUCAAUUUCAUGCGACUGCCCUAGACACUUAUCCACCUUGUGUUUACAUGAAUGAUAUUUCGCAUUCUAUAGCCGCAUUUGUCCAUGCCUACAACGCAGCAAUAGGCAGUACUCGAGUAGCGUAUACUUUUGAUGCUGGUCCCAAUGCAUGUCUUUAUGUACUUCAAGAGCAUGUGUCAUCAUUGCUGCCGGCUAUACAAAUUUCCUUUCCUAAUGAUUCAGCCGACAAUGUUGAGUACUAUAAAGGCAUAGCCAGUGAUCAGCUGACGCAAUCAGCCGCCGAGGCAACAGACAUCAGUUUAAAUGGCAACACCAGUUUACCUAUUCAUGAGCAUAAUCUUCUUAAAUAUAUCAUCCAUACUAAAAUUGGUGCGGGGCCAAAACGCUUAACUGGUAAAGAGGAACAUCUUAUUAACACCACAACUGGUCAUCCAUAUUAAUGCUUUUGAUUAGAGGAGUUUCAUGCUACGUACAAACUCAAAUAUAGUGUCCCUUUCGCUGCCUACCUCUUCGAGGAUUAAAAGGGGAAAUAUUAAAGCAAUUAAUGACAAUAAUUAAUGUUUAUCGUAAUUUUUUUUUUUUUUUUUAAUAGAAACAAUUUAUAAAGCUUUAUUUGCAUUUGAGCAAACCUGGAUAUCCGCCACCUAAAGUAAAAAGAUAAAAUCCGGUUUCUUUGGGGUAUAUAAACGAUUUUAUUAGACUGAUCUGGAAACAUUAUUGUAUAUAACUCUAACGUGGUUCGCAAUUAAUAUUCACUCAAGUUCUAUGGAACUACAAAAAAUGCGAAAUUUUUUAAAAUUGAUCUUUUCAACUAGAUAAAGAUAUAAAAGAGAACUUUAGUUACAUCUAAUCCGAAUCUCUGAUGUACAUUUUUUGAAAUGUUGCGAAUCGAACGAUGACAAUAAUGUGCUCCUCGAUGGUGGGUAUAAAAGUCAUCAAGUUGUAAAUUUGUGUUAGUAAUAGAAAAAAUAAAAUAAUAAUAAUAACAAUAAUAAUAAUU